GAACCUUAUUGCAGUGAGAUGGUUCAUCUACUACCUUUCUUAAAUCAAUCUACACAAAUUCCUGAUUACUUUAGUUUAUCUUUCUGGUUAAUUAAUGAUUCAGCCUUAUUGAUGCAUGAUGCAUGAUAAUUGCAGAACAGAAAUGUCUAUCAAACCUGAUGAUCUAGUCAUCAGUUUGCCUACACAAGGCCAUAUUAACCCUCUGCUACAAUUUUCUAAGCUCAUAGCUGCUAAAGGUAUCAAGGUCACAGUAGUCUUAACACGUUCGAUACAGAUGACUUCUCAACCAGACAUUCAAUCAGAACUUAUCAAACUUGAGUACAUCCCCGAAAGAAUUAAUCAAGAGGAAGUUCCUGAAAAGUCAGCCCAUUAUCAGGAUCCCCAUGAAGGAUGGUUUGGAAGGAUAAAGGCUAAAGCUUUGGAAAACCUCUAUAAUCAUGGAGAGGGAAGCCUCUUCCGGUGA